AUGGGGUGGUGUUUAUUACCCCCUUAUUUGAGGCUCAAAAAAGGGGCAAACAUAGUUUUAACUUGGUGUGGCCUUAACGCAAACUAUAGAAUGUUAGUGUUUGUGUUACUUCGAAAUGCAAAGUUGGUGGCAUAA